CGGCAGCAGAGGCAGCGACAGUCUCGGCCGUCUCGCAAUCGCGUUUUUCCGCUGGCUGUCCCGACGUCCCCGGAACACCGUCAGUAGAACAUUUGCGGCCGACCCGUUCUCAUUGUAAAUUCGCACGCCACACCGCGUUUGCGUUUUUGUGCGCGCGCGCUCGCCUGUUUUAAAGUUUUAAAUCGGAUAGAUAUACGUAUAUUAUACUGCACGCCGUCGUCCGAGUGUGUGCGCGCGCCUGCUGGUCGUCUGUUCGUUUUGCGCGCGCGCGUACUCGCGUUAAAGUCGUGUACUAUCUGUAAUAUAGUUUUUAUUAUUAUUAUUAUUAUUAUUUUAUGUCGCUCGAGUGUGCGUGAGUUCGUUUACCCAGUGCGCGACGACGAAAUUCACAUAUUUCGUAUCCCUCCCUAUUUUGUUGUUGCGGUUUCGAACACACAUUCGUGGCGAAAAUACAAUGCUGUCGGACGGUCGGUGCGGCCCCCCUUCGCGGUAAAACCCUAGGAAAAUCCCUCCUCGGACGUUGAAAGAGUGCCGAAAUCGCGACGUCGGCGUAGCGCGUAUUGCCCAUCGCACUUCACAUCUUGGGCACGUAUCGAUCGAGUGUCUACCGAACAACGGUAAUGCCGCCGUCAAACCGCGGUAUCCGUCCGAGUGCGACUGUUACUGUGCGAGGAGCGAGAACAGCAGUCGCUGUCGCGGCGGCAGAUUGAGCUCGCCGAGCGAUGCCGGCCAGUGGCCGCGGACCGGACCCGACGGCCGCCGUGGUAGCAGCAGCCACAUCCGUCGCGGUCAAGAAGACUUCGCUGGAGAGCGGCGACGAUUCCGAAGAGGAGAGUGAAAUCCUGGAGGAAAGUCCCUGUGGUCGGUGGCUUAAGAGACGUGAAGUGGUGGAGCAACGAGAUGUUCCCGGAAUCGACUGCGCGUACUUGGCCAUGGACACUGAAGAGGGCGUGGAGGUGGUGUGGAACGAGGUGCAGUUCUCGGAGCGCAAAAACUACAAGGCCCAAGAAGACAAGAUCCGGCAAGUGUUUGAAAGUCUCACUCAACUCCAGCAUCCCAACAUCGUGAACUUCCAUCGCUACUGGACGGACACGCACAACGACAAACCACGUGUCAUAUUCAUCACAGAAUACAUGUCUUCUGGCUCGUUGAAACAGUUCCUAAAGCGUACCAAACGCAACGUGAAGAAGAUUUCACUGACCGCGUGGAAACGAUGGUGCACGCAAAUCCUAUCGGCCCUAAGUUACUUGCAUUCAUGUUCACCGCCCAUCAUCCAUGGGAAUCUGACCUGUGACACGAUAUUUAUCCAACACAAUGGACUCGUGAAAAUAGGAUCAGUUGCUCCGGACACCAUUCACGUGCACAUCAAGACUUGCCGGGAAAACAUGAAAAACAUGCAUUUCAUCGCGCCUGAAUGCGGAAAUUUCGUGACGCCCGCCAUCGACAUUUACGCGUUUGGCAUGUGUGCGUUGGAAAUGGCCACGCUGGAGAUACAGGGCAAUGGCGACAGCGGUACGCUAGUCACGCAGGAUCACAUCAACCGCACGAUUGAGUCGCUGGACGAUCCGCUGCAAAAGGACCUGAUCUAUCAGUGUCUGACGGCCGAUUUUGAGAAACGUCCUUCUGCCCGGACGUUGCUCUUCCACCCUGUACUGUUUGAGGUGCACGCGUUGAAACUACUCGCGGCGCACGCUCUGGUCAAGACUGAACAUUUUGCCGAUCGACUGUCCGAUGAGGUGUACCCUCAGGAAAAAGUGAUUGCUGAGAUAGUGUACCCCGGCGACGAAACUCGAUUGGUCCAGUUCAAAAUGUCCGAUGUCCCGGAGAGCAACAAGCUCGAAAAGUUCGUCGAAGACGUCAGAUUUGGCAUUUACCCAUUGACUGCAUAUGCCCUGGAGGCUGGACCUGUACGGCUUACCACGUAUCAGCCGCAGAGUCCAACUGGUUCCAUGGACCAGUCCAUCCCGUCGGAUAGAAGCAGCUCCGGCCCGGUCGACGUCGAAGUCAGACGUAUCGUCAAUACGAUGUGUAACAUCAAACCACGAGACGAUGCUCAAAAUGACUUCAUGAUGACAAUUCUACUGCGGAUGGACGACAAGAUGAAUCGUCAACUGACGUGUUCCAUAACGGACGCGGACACGGCGCUGUCUCUCUCUCAGGAGUUGGUGCACUUCGGCUUCAUCAAUGAGUCGGACAAAGACAAGAUCUUCGUGAUCAUCGAAGAGACACUGUCCGAGGGCCCGCACUUCAAAGAAGACUACGACCAUUCGUCCGCACAGGUUGACAUCGAAUCACCGCCACUGUCGCAGAAACGAUCGUCAGCCGCCGCCACCCCUUCGUCGUCGUCCAGGCCCAGCGUCAUACGGUCGCCUGUGAAACGCGACGGCAGUUAAUGAUAGCUACGUGGCCAACGCGAGUUGGUCACUCGGUUUCGUCUAACCCGUCGACCGUCGACGACGACCCCGCGGCCACGGACCGCGUACCGUUUAUAUUCGCUUCUUCCAAGUUUAAAAAGUAUAAAAAACACAUUGCAGUGCGUCAUCGUUACGAUAACGUCGACCAUAUUUCCUCCCUCCGGUCAUCCGCGUCAAUUCAAAUCAAAUAACACGUGCGAAAAACAAAAGCGAAUUCAAUAAAAAAAAAACCUCCCCUUGCAUAUUAUACGUCAUACCUACUCGUCGAGUGUAAAACAUACCCUCACACA